UGAUUACGGGGAUGAGGAAAUCAAUAUCAUUGAGACACCUAGUCAUGAUACAAGGGUACGUGAGGAAGAGGUUACUCCUCACCUAAGUUUUGAUGAGCCUGAUAACUCCGAGGACAACUACAUGCAAUUUUUCUGGGUUUGACAGCUCUGUGGAACGAAGCCCUUCACGGAUGGCCUCGCCAAUGAGAUCCGGGUCUGUUGAUUGUCAUGCUGCAGGCCUCGAUGGUGAACAAGAGUCUGGAGGGCGUGUGGACACCUCAGAGGAUAGGAUUCCAUAUGGUAAAAAGGGGAAGUGGGCUGUCAAUGUUGAGGACAUUGAGGAUGAUGAUGACAUCGAAUGGCGCAAGGCACAGAUGGUGGCUGAUGAGCAGCUUGCUUGCGCGCCAUAUUGAGGAUGCUCGGCGAGCUCGCAGCAAAGCCUCCUCCACCAGUCGUUCACUGAACAUCGGAGCUGAUAUCGUUGCACGGGCUGCGGAUAGGGAACGUGGUAGGACCAUGCAGCCAGUUGUUGUGCAGUCUAGUCGUGCUUCGAACCAGCUCCCGCAUGAUGGCUUUGUCUCGCAUACCCCUUCCAGUUCACAAAUUCCUGUGGGGAUGGGCUAUGACUCAGAUGUUACUAUCUCUGAACCCUCUUCCGUAUACUCCUCAGACUCAGAUUCAACUAAGAGGAGGAAACGGGAGAAGAAGAAGCGAUACAAGAAACAGAGGGCUCACCGCAAACGAGAACUCGGGAAUGAGAAAGUUGUUUUGCCCGAGAAAUAUGAUGGCUCCCCGAAGUUUGAUGUGUUCCAACGCUGGUUAUAUUCGGUGACAGAUUACUUCAAGACUGUCUACAUCGAGAAGAUGCGGCGUGUACCGAAGCUUCAGCACUUCUUGUCUGGGAAAGCAGCAGCCUUCUCUUUGACCACUGCUUCCCUCCGAAUUUCCGUACUGGCCAACGGACCCGUUUAUCGAAUUGCCGGCAGCAUGGCCGUGCAGUUCGUGAUUGGAUCUUUGAAUUACAGAAUCUUUGGCAGGGAGCAGAUGACUAUAUUCGAGCGAAAUGGGCAGAGACUGGAUAUAGUGCUGAGAUUUCAAUGUUUGAAGAUCUUGAGGAGGCUGCAGUUCGUUUCCAGGAGGCAUGAAUCGUCAUUCCAGACCUUUCCGUUCACGGCGUGACCAUUCCCGAUCUCCCAGGUCUUUCACAGCUUGGCAACCGAAACCUCAAGAUCCUUCGUCGAAGGCAAAGACCGGUUCUGUGAAUCCACCACAGGCUUCAGGCUCGAAUAAUGGCCGGAGCAGUGGGUCUGCCAAGAGUGAUAACAAGCGCCAGCUAUCCAAGAAAGAGAUGGAUGAGCUGCGUGCAGCAAACAAGUGUUUUGAGUGCAAGGAGACUGGCCAUUUGAGUCGUGACUGCC